CUCUCGCUCAGACUCGCAAGCCUCAGUGUGUGCCGAGAUGUGCGGGGGCCGGGAGCGUGUGUCCGGCCUUCUCGCCACCCUGGAGAAACGUGGGAUUGACUUAGCCACUCUCAACGCCCUGCCCGCCUACCAGAAACUCCUGCAGAAGCGCGCGCCGCCCUUAGACGAGAACGACAACAAGAAGGAUGCCAAGCGGAAGGCCAAGGGGAGUGACAAGUGUCUGAAUGGCUCUGUGAAUGCUGAAGGAGGCGCUGAAGUGGGCGGAGGAAAAGCGCCACGUGGGUUCUGCUACGCGUUGCUGGUGUGUCUCCUGAGCGUAGCGGUAGCGGCGGUGUAUCACUACGAACUGAACACCCACCAGGGCUUCGCGAGGUUCUGGCUGCGAUGGGAGAACGUGGACCUCAACGCUGAGCAGUGCACGAUAGACAUGCCAGCCUCAGUCCAGGAUGUGUUCAGGCCGCCCGUGGAGUGUGGCAUGUGCAGGGACGUGGUAGAGAUUGAGAGAGUGCACACCAUCACGCCACAGCAGUUUGAGGAAAGGUACGCGUACAGCGGGCGACCCGUGGUGGUGACGGACGGGCAGAGGAACUGGUCAGCGCCUCACACCUUCUCCUUCACCUUCUUUAAGUCUAUCUACGCGGACGACUCCCCGGUGCUGGAGAACUUCGAGCGGGACUGCCAGUUCUUCCCCUACCAGACCGAGUUCCGGAACCUGCGCCACGUGUUCAACAUGACCGCAGAGAGGGCGGCCAUGCGCGGCGACCCCUGGUACAUUGGAUGGAGUAACUGUGACUCUUCCGCCGCCAACAUCCUAAGGAACCAUUAUGAAAGGCCUUACUUCCUGCCCCAGGCCGCUGAAUCCUCCAAGACAGACUGGAUCUUCAUGGGCACGCCGGGCUAUGGGGCGCACAUGCACAUUGACCACGUGGGCAACCCUUCCUGGCAGGCGCAGAUAAGGGGCCGCAAACUCUGGACCUUGGAGCCCCCGCCCGAGUGCUUCUUCCAGUGUGUCGGUCUGGAAGUGGUGGUGGAGCCAGGAGAGAUCAUUGUUCUGGACACCAACAUCUGGUACCACAAGACUCUCAUUGUAUCUAAUGAACUGAGCAUCACCAUUGGGUCUGAGUACGACUAGACGCCGCCACGACCCUCGCCACGGCAAGGAACGUGGUGAAGAAGAAGAAGGAAGGCGAGAAAGGACAAGUAUGAAAGAGAAAGGGAAAAAAUGGAAAGGAAAUGAAAAAAAAGACAGGAUGUUAUCGAUAUUACCUGCCAGAGCUGAUCAUCACUAUUUGGUCUAAGUAUAGACGCCGCCACGACCCCCGCUACGACCAGAGUAAAGGAAAAAAGAAGAAAAAGGCGAGAAAAAAGACAAGGAAGGAAGGGAAAAGGGAGAGAAGGAAAGCAAGGCAAGAAAAAAACUAAAAGACAUGAUGUUACCGAUAUUACGUGACGCAGCGCAGGAAAAGAAAUGUUUUAUCAAUAUCACGUUACAAGAAGGACAGGAUAUCAUGCGUGCGUAAAGAAUUCUGGGUAAAAGAAUCGCUUAGAGGCUUCAAACACGGAACCUGGAAGCAAGAGGGAAAUAUUUAAAGAAUACGUGAAGAGUUGUGCAUUAAAUGAAUUGCAUUAAAUGAAUUAAAGUGAAGACUUGUGAAAAUAUGCGUCCGUGAAAAGUUCUAGGUAAAAAAAUGCUUAAAGAUUACACGGCAAGAGAUGAUAUAAGAGAAACGCUCAUGAUAUAAAAAAACAAACGAAGGGAAAUGCACUAAAAGGAAUUCCAGUGGCAAUAAAUUACAUGAUAAAAAGAAAAAUACAUGAAAGGAAAAAUGUAAGAAGACAAAAAAAAAAAAUACAGAAUGCACAAACAGAUAUUAAAAGGGAAACUCAACAAAAAAUAGAUAUAAUGUAAAUGCAAAGAGGGAAAGAAAACAGCACAUUCUGAAAAAAAAAAAUACGUAGAACGAGAUAAUAGAAAGAAUAAAAAAAACUGAGACAUGAAGAGGAAGGAAAAGAGAAUGCACACUAAACUCGAAUAAGUGGAAAGAGGAAAAGGCGAAGCAAGAGAAAAAGAGAACAGAGGAAGCCAUAAUACAAGGGAAGCAGGAAGGAGAAAAGAGAAAGAGAAUGCAAUAAAGCAGAACGGGGAUGAAAGAAGGGAGACGAACAAAAUGCAAAAUAAAGCGAACAGUAAUAAAUGGAGAGAAAAGAAAUAGAGAGAGAGAGAGAGAGAUAACGAUACACUGCACUGAAAAGGAGGAGAGAAGGAGGAACAGGAGGGGGAUAAACAAAAGAUGGAAGAAAAAUAGAACAAUGAGAAUAGGAAAAGAAGAAGGAAGAAAAAAUAGGGGAGCAAUUAACUUCACAGGGAAUAAAAAUGUUUUGAAAGCAAAUUUUGGAAGAAAACGACGAUGUUUCUCAUAUUUCAAGGGGGAGUUGUUAUAAUAUAUAUAUGAAUAGAGAGAGAGAGAGAGAGAGAGAGAGAGAGAGAGAGAGAGAGAGAGAGAGAGAGAGAGAGAGAGAGAGAGAGGCAGAGAGAGAGAGAUCCCUGUCAUUAAUUUCAUGUUACUGUUAACGACAUUCUCCUCUCUCUCUCUCUCUCUCUCUCUCUCUCUCUCUCUCUCUCUCUCUCUCUCUCUCUCUCUCUCUCUCUCGUAAAGUUCCUGUGUUUCAUUAUGUUACGUUAGUUCAUCUAAUUUCGUUCAGUUUGCAUCCAGUUCAGCGUCACAUUAUAUUCAAUCACUUUUUACAAUGUUGCCUUUCAUCACCCCAGUUGCGCCACAUUUCUCAUUCACAUGUAUCGUUUUUCCCCUUUUUAUUAACGCAACACAAACGCCACAUUUCAAUUCCCAUUUCUCUUUGCCUGACUUUUUUUUUAUUUUAUAUUUUUCUCAUCAAUGAAAAUAUUUGUUUGUAUUACUUUUUCUUUCAACUUUCACUCGUAACAUGAUUUCUCGUUUAUUAUUUUUGGUGCUUGUGUGUGUGUGUGUGUGUGUGUGUGUGUGUGUGUGUGUGUGUGUGUGUGUGUGUGUGUGUGUGUGUGUGUGUGUGUGUGUGCGUGUACGUGCAUGUGCGUGUGCGUGUGUGCAGUCAUUAUUUCCUCUAUAAUUCGUCACAUGUCACUUGCUUUGAUAUGAAAACGAAAGGAAAAUAUAAAAGCAUUAUCACUCAACACGUGUGCAUUUAUGACGUAAUGAGUGAAACAUGACGUGACGUGCUGACUGCAUGUGUGACAGGUGAGCGCGUGAACAGGUAACUCCCAGGUGACUAAAGGUAACACCAACACAUAGGCCAAGUUGUAACAAGCCUAUAGACCUACACGUGGCAGUCCUUAACAUGAUAAAAUUGGACUUUUUUCUUUCACAUUUAUCUAUACACUAACCAUCAGACUUACAUACAUAUAUACCUUUUACUAACCUGAAAUAUACCUGUGAUUAAAUUUCUAGUCGUAAGUUAAAAAUAAAACACACACACACACACACAAACACACACACACAUACACACAUACGUAUCCCAGUGUUGUGUGUGUGUGUGUGUGUGUGUGUGUGUGUGUGUGUGUGUGUGUAGGUGUGUGUGAAUGUUGUUUUCCUCAUCCCAUACAUACGUAGUGCAGUAAACAUGUAUACAUUAAUUAGUUAAGGUAAUUGUAUCUCGUCUUAGGUGUGAUCUAUAUUUUUGCAACAUUAAAAAGAGAACGCUGGCAUCAA